CUUUUUCCUUCCUCCUCUUGUUUUAUUGUGCUGUUUGGCUCGCGCAAUAAUCAGAGGGAAAGAAAGAGAGACAGGGAGCAGAAAGUAGUGCUAAAAAGGCCAAAUCGACCUCGACCUCUCUAUCUUUUGCAGCUACGGCUUUCUUUCACUCUCUCGAUCAGCCAAUUUCUUCUUUCUGGCGGUUAUUGCGGGCUCACCAUGAACGAGAAGGCCAACGUCUCUAAAGAGCUCAAUGCAAGGCACAGAAAGAUAUUGGAAGGACUCCUGAAAUUGCCCGAGAAUAGGGAAUGUGCUGACUGCAAAGCCAAAGGUCCAAGAUGGGCAAGUGUAAAUUUGGGUAUCUUUAUUUGCAUGCAAUGUUCAGGGAUCCACAGAAGUCUUGGGGUACACAUAUCAAAGGUUCGAUCUGCAACCCUUGACACAUGGCUUCCAGAGCAGGUUGCAUUCAUUCAAUCAAUGGGAAAUGAGAGAGCAAAUAGUUAUUGGGAAGCAGACCUACCACCGAACUACGACAGAGUUGGAAUCGAGAAUUUCAUUCGUGCAAAGUAUGAAGAGAAGAGAUGGGUCUCUAAAGAUGGAAAACCGCAAUCUCCUUCUAGUGGGAGGGAUGAAAGGUCUUCUUUGCAUUGGCAGAGACCUGCUGAAAGAAGUGGGCAUGGACACACCAGCAGUUCUGAUAAUUUGUUUGAGGAAAGAAAGAAUUUUCAAGUAUCAAAUUCGAAAAACAGUGCUCCUGCUACAAGAAUAAGUUUUCCUGCUCCUCCUAGGGCAUUUGAGCAGGUCACUGCUCCUGCAAAGCCUCAACAGGUUGUUGAAAAAGCUGAACCAAUGGCGGAGGCUACUGAAGCUGCAAAGAAGGUUGCAGAUUCUGCUCCAGCUGUCUCUCCACCCAAAGUUGAUUUUGCUACUGACCUUUUCGACUUGCUCUCAAUGGAUGGCCCUACUGAAAAUGGCUUGGAGGCAGCUGCUAAUGAUGAUAACAGCUGGGCAGGUUUUCAAUCUGCAGCAGUUGCUGAAGAAGCAUCAACAACUGGAAAUACUGGUCCAACUAAAGCAGUAGAAAAUGAUACCCAGUCUGUUUCUGGAAUUGAGGAUUUAUUUAAAGAUUCACCUUCUUUAGCAACCCCUUCAGUCUUGGAGAAACCCCAGAAAGAUGUAAAAAAUGAUAUAAUGAGCCUUUUUGAGAAGUCCAAUAUGGCAUCACCGUUUGCGAUGCAUCAACAACAACUUGCUAUGCUGGCACAACAGCAACUUCUUAUGGCCGCUGCAGCAAAAUCUGCUGGUGGGGACCCAAAAGCGAUAAACCAACAGCAACUUGCUAUUCUGGCACAGCAACAGCAACUUCUUAUGGCUGCUGCAGCAAAAUCUGUUGGCGGGGACCCAAAAGCAAUGAGUCAACAGCAACUUGCUAUACUGGCCCAGCAACAGCAACUUCUUAUGGCCACUGCAGCAAAAUCUGCUGGUGGGGACCAAAAACUUUCAGGCAGUAUUCAACAGCAAGGGCCAAAUGGUAUUAGCAUACCCGCACAAAACUGGCCAAAUAUUGGAUACCAAAUCCCUGGUUUGAUGAUGCCAGUAGCUGGGCAGGGUGACUUACAGAAACUUAAGCAGACUGCUGACAUCAGACUGACACAUCCUGGGGGAAGCUCUGUACCAUAUCCAACAUCUAGGAUGGAAGCUCAGAGCCACUUGAAAAGCACUGCAGUUUCAAGUUUUACCCUUUAUGACAUUGAGCAAGUUACCCCUGCUAAUGGUGGAACAAACAAUGGAGUCGGUAAACCUCAAUCGUCAUCCUCGGUCUCAUCUGGUACUUCAACACCAGCCGGAAAGGAUUAUGACUUCUCCUCUUUAAUGCAAGGCAUGUUCUCAAAGCAUUGAGUGCCAUCGGGAGUUGAAGUUGGCUGCAUCAUACAAUACUAAAAUAGUUGCAUUACAAGAAAAUAGAACUUCAAAGAUUUUGUUUUUCCCUUCUGGAUUUGCGAUUGUAAACUAUUCUGUAGAAGCAGUUCCAGUUUUUCCUUCAUAUUUCGUUGAUGGUUCUUUGUACGAGUAUUCAGAGUAAUAAAGAUGGGCUCAGAUUGAUUGU